CAUUUGAGGGAUCAUUACCCAUUGGUUAAACAGGUGUGGCUUGCAGACGACUCAGCUGGAGGAGGGAGUAUAGUGCAGUUAUACAACUGGUACAGGCAAUUGAGUAAGGAAGGUCAAAAGUUUGGUUACCUUGUGAAUGGGACAAAGAGCUGGCUUAUUGUGAAGUCUAGGGAACUCGCGGAGGAAGCAAAGAGGGUGUUUGGAGAGGAAGUCAACAUAACGACUGAAGGUCAGCGCCAUCUGGGAGCAGUUAUUGCGUCGCAAGAAUACAAAGAACAGUAUUGUGAGGAGAAGGUUCGUGCAUGGAAAGAGGAAAUCGAACGUCUCUCUGAAAUAGCGAAGAGCCAGCCCCAUGCGACGUAUAUUGCCUUCACAAAAGGCUACAAGUCGAAGUUCACCUACUUCAUGCGCACGAUUGAAUCGUUUGAAGUUUAUGUCGAUCCAAUCCAGGAAGUGAUUGAAGAUUUACUACUCCCAACUUUGUUCGGUCAAUCAGAGCCUCUCCAUAACGAGGUGCGCAGACUUGCUACCCUAGCAACGGGUCAAGGGGGUCUAGGCAUUCCUGAUCUGAAAUCCGAGGCACCGCAAAAGUUUGCUGCCUCGAGACUAAUAACCACCGAGCACGUAGAUUCUAUUACUUCACAGAGUUCCAUCAUGGUGCCAGGAGAAAGAUCUACGGAGGAGCUAAAGAGGUAUCAACAAUCACUUAAGAGAGCAAGUGCCAAAGAGAAAAUGGAUAGCAUUGAUUCAAGCCUCUCCCCAGGCCUGCUGCGUCUGGUUAAUCAAUCGAGGGACAAGGGCGCAAGUUCUUGGCUGAAUACGAUGCCUCUCGCAGACAAAGGUUUAGCCCUCAACAAGCAAGAGUUCAGAGACUCGCUACGCUUGCGUUAUGACUUGCCCUUAGUCGAUUUACCAAGUCAUUGCAUAUGUGGGGAUAAAUUCACCGUUAGUCACGCCCUCUCUUGUAAAAAGGGGGGUUUGUAG